AUGAGUGCGUUACUCGACGCGGACGCAAUACUCUCCGAUCGCGAGGAGUGGACGAAGCUGGGCGAGGAAUGGGGCAUGCCGAUAGACCUCGACACCGAGGAAGACCAAUCGCCGCAUCUCAAGCACGUGUUCAGCACUCUGGACUUGAAGAAAACGACCUUCGACUCUUCGUUCCUGUUCAAAAAGGUCAGGAGGAAAGUCGGCAGGCGGCUGUCGAAGCGCUCCGUCCUGGAUUACGGCGAGUUCUUGAACGACCUGCGCAAAGACUCCUCGCGGGAGUCCUCCAAGCAGUUCUACUUCGUCAACGGCCAGCUGAUAUCGGCGCUCUCCGUCGAGGAGAUAUGCGGGAAGAUAGACGACUAUUUCAAGUCGAUAGAGAAACUCGCGCCCAGCAGCACGAUGCGCAAGAAGAAGGUGGAUCUGCCAGCAGUGGUGCGCUGCAGCAUUGACAGCGAGGAUUAUUCCUUUGACGACACUGUGAUUGGGGUGUUGAGUACGGAGAAAGGUGAUAGCAGCGACACGAACCGUGUCAUCGACCAGGCGUUCAACGAUUUCAAUUCUUCGAUAGCUUCGAUGGACGUGGACCAGUCGACCAGGGAGUCGGUCACGACCCUCGUGAGGAAGUUCAGCAGCAUCCUCAAGAGUCCAACGGUAAACUGCAGCCCGAGGAGGCAGAGACAGUGCUGUGAAAAGUUCCGUGACCUGGCCGAGUUCUGGAGGAGACGCGCUUUGGACUACGAA